AUGACUUUGAACUACAAGAACAUUCCACGCUUCUACUACAGGCUUCCUGCAGAGGAUUAAGUUCUCAGACAGAAACUGCUAGAGGAGUCCAGAGCCAUCUUUCUGCAGAGGAAGAGCCUGGAGCUUCUGAACAAUGAGGAGUUACAGAUCCUGUGGUUUCUGCUGGACAAACACCAAGUGUCAUCCAUGACAGGAGAUGAGGCGAUGAUAAGCUAUGACUGUUUUCUGAACUUUGGAGACAAAGCAGGAGUAAAGUGCAAGCUGGUGUUAAAAGGCGACAUGAAUGCCGUGAUGAUGAGACAUAGUGUAUUUCAAACACAGCUAGGGCUGAGUCUCCAUGACAUGGCCGGACAGGGUUACCUCUGCGAGUCUGACGUGGAAAACUACAUUUUAAAACUGAUCCCCACACUCCCUCAGCUGGAUGGCCUGGAGAUGUCCUUCUAUGUCUGCACCGCUGUCCGCAAGUUCUUCUUCUUCCUGGAUUCUUUACGGACUGGGAAAAUUAAGAUUCAAGACAUCUUGGCCUGCAGUUUUUUGGAUGAUCUACUUAAGCUGAGAGAUGAGGAGCUUUCCAAGGAGAGCCAGGAAUCCAAUCGGACUAAUCGGACAUCGGACUAAUCUGAAGCCGGUCAAUACCUGAAUCUGGACAAGGACCACAACGGCAUGCUCAGUAAGGAGGAGCUGUCUCGCUACGGCACUGGCACUCUGACCAGCGUCUUUCUGGACUGCGUAUACCGGAAGUGCCUCACCUACGACGGAGAAAUUGACUAUAAGACGUACGUGGACUUUGUUCUGGCUCUGGAGAACAGGAAGAAGCCUGCAGCGCUGCAGUACAUCUUCAUGCUGCUGGACAUGGAGAACUAGGGUUACCUCAAUGUCUUCGCUCUCAAUUACUUCUUCAGGGUGAGACGGACAUCUGACAGAACAUGCCACAUUGGGCCAGAAAUAAUAGAAGUCAAUGGAGACAGCAGACAGCGGGACUCCUGCUCACUGUAUAAAAAGUGUUGUCAUCUAUUAUGUUAAAAAAAAAAAUCCACCAGGCCAUUCAGGGGUUGAUGAAAAUCCAUGGGCAGGAGACGAUAUUUUUCCAGGAUGUCAAGGUAAAUAGACUUUGUUACCAUAUUCACCAUGGAUGAAGUAACUGAAGUGUACUACUGGUUACUGUAAAAUGAGCUGGAAGUAUCCGGAAAUAAGUCUCAUCCAGAAAUGUUGUGGAGGGAUUAGGUUGUGGGUGUCAAGGAUUUUUAUGGAGUUAACCAUAAGUCAUAGUGCUCAGUAGGUAUUCAGUGCUGCUGCUUUUGAUUCCCCAAGAUCUAAUCUAUUUGCUGAUACAAUAUUUAAUGCUAGCUAGGUUUCCCUCCAAUUGGUGACAGAUUUUCAUGCGAAUAUACAAAAAUGUGCAUAAAGAAAAUGUUUAUUUUC